CUGCUUGCAGAUAAUGAGACUGCGAGCAUCAAGAAAGCCGAAUAUAACGAGGAAGAGCUCGGUAGGAAUUGCUGGUAUCGCUGGAUUAUCCAUCAUGAUGACGGUUGGAGACAAUCAUGUGCACAAGACAGGAUCGGUCAUUGGCCUGGCAGAUCCUUGAGCUCACCACUAGCCUUCAUCAGUACACACACAUUAGACGACCAGCUUUCGUAGUCACGGCGCUACCACUCGACGUUGGAAAUAUUCCCUUUUUGUCAUCUUGUCUUUGUUCUCCCACAGUCUCCCGGUGCAUCCUACAUAACGAUUCAUCCAUUUUACGGCCAUUCUUGAAUGUCGAAUACGCCACGAACGUCCAGAGCCACCAAGUUCUACCAGCAGGAUAUAGUUAAACGAAACUCGUCCCCACAUUCUUUUGGUAUUGUUCUCAGAUGCUGGCAUGAUGCUGAGGACAUUCCCCCAUCGACAGACGAUCCACUGAUGAGGCCACUUGAGCGCGGUGAAGUCGGUGUAACAUUUCUAUCUGAAGGCAGCGCUCGCGAAAUACUCCCUGAAUCCGAACUAGCCCUUGUGGAUCGUACCCUUCAGCCCGGUGAUUAUUGCAAGCGGAGCAUCGACGAUGUUCGCUCUGGUGUGGUGACAAACAUCCGUGUCAGGGGUCGUCUUCAGCAUGUCAUAAGUGGCGAGCCAUUGGAAGGAUGGCGGAAUUCUGACCAGGUUGUUCCGGCGAUGGAGGCAGAGAUUGGUGACUACGUUAUUUACGAUGAUUGGGUUGGACAGAUUGUAGAGGUAACUUUCGGUACCGAUGUUUCCCUCAUCGCAUUGACCCAAGCCCUGCAGCUGUACGAUGAAAAUAUUAUUGAGGUUUCAAACGGCCAACUCGUUAGACUGCCAGAAUUUAGUACCAGGCUUGCUAUCGGACAGAAGGGCUCGGACAUUCUGCCGUCCAGUAGCGUGCAAAACUUGAUCGGAUUCUUUCUUGGAAGCAAUAGAACUGACCAUAGCGUUGACACCGUCGUUGCCGUGAAACACACUGUAUAUGCUAUAGCUUGGCUGGCUGUCAACCAAACGUUGGCGCCUAGCGUAGCUGAGAACCAUCCACGCCCUCAACGAUUUUGGUAUGGCCAGGAUAUCUCCAAGCUUACUCUGAUACGUGGUCGAUCAGAUUUCCAGAUGCGUAUUGGAGACAAGGUUAAUCUUGUCGAGAGAACCGGACAUCCCGUUACCAUUCAUGGCCGGAGCAUGCAGGGUGUCCCCCCAAUCCAUGUAGAGACGCUUACCGUUGCAGAGACAGAAACUACGGUUGACAUUUUAUGGCAAGAUGGCACCUCGGAAACGUUGAAAUCCGUGGAUCUCAUUCCCUAUCUAAACACAGAUGAAUAUGACUGUUGGCCCGGCGACCACGUUUUAUGGCGUGGCGAAGACCAGAAACGGCCUGCUAUCGUGCAGUCCGUAGACGCUGCACACAGGACAGCUUCUAUCCUCCUUCCCGAUACUGGCAACAUCGAGCUUGCUUCGGUACUAGAACUCGACGCUCAUGGUGUGUCGGACGUUGAACCACAAUUUGGGACUGAGGGACUUGGUGUACGCCUGGGAGAUUUUGUUUUUAUACAUCGAGAGGGAACUACGAAUGGAUAUGAUCCACCUAGAAUACCUCGUAUAGGCGAACUCGAAGCUUGGGCUAGAGAGGGACCCUUCUACCCUGGCCACAUCGAAGGAUGGCGAAAGGAAAUGGCCGAACUAGGAAAUAAUGUUGCAAAAAAACGCGGGACUGAAGGAGCCUUUCAAGAUGGUAACAUGAGGCAACCCUGGGCAAACGAUUGCGACCUAUUCUGGCUUGGAGAAGUCACGAAGCUUCAGCUUGACGGUCAAAUUGAAGUUUUGCACCCCGAGGGAUCAGUUCGCGUAUAUCCGUUACAACGCCUUACGAGGCUUUAUGAUAGUAUCGAACAACUGGAAGAUGAUCCUUGGGGUGAUGAACAUAGUCAUAAUGAGCACGAAUACUUUGAAGGUUCCGGGUACUGGCCUGAUGAAAACGGAAUAUGGUCUCACCUUGACGGAAGCGUGGACGGAUGGGAGGACACCGAGGACGUCAACGAUACUAUGGAUGUGGAAAUGUGGCAUCACGAAGAAGAUACCCCAAGGGUUUCUGGACCUUCCAGUCCAUCAAUUAUUGACCAGUUUCCUCCACCACCGACGGUGGAGGUGGAUCCCGAACCUGAUACGAUGUCUGUCGAUCCAGACAUAGAUACGACGAAAGAUGGUACUACUAUUGACGAGGAGGACGAUGAUUUCCCUUGGAAGAGGUUCGACAUUCUACCAUCUGCUCCUCAUGACCAUGCGUACUAUGCCUCUCCUCCCGCGCAACCCUCAAAAUCUUUCCUAUCUCGUCUUCAACGAGAGUAUCGCAUCCUGCAGUCGAGUCUGCCUGAGUCAAUCAUUAUACGUACAUACGAGGAUCGAAGUGACCUUCUGCGCUCCCUCAUCAUUGGUCCAAAUAAUACACCAUACGAGGAUGCACCUUUCGUUAUUGAUUGGAUGCUUCCUACAACCUUCCCUAGCAGUCCGCCCAUUGGACAUUUUCUCAGUUGGACAAACGGUAAUGGUCGAGUUAAUCCAAACUUGUACGAGGAAGGCAAAGUUUGUCUAUCAAUAUUGGGAACUUGGGCUGGUGAUCAGAACGAAACAUGGAGUGCCAGUCGGUCAUCUCUCCUUCAAGCCUUCGUAAGUAUACAGGGCCUAGUUCUUGUGAAGGAACCUUGGUUCUGUGAGCCUGCGUAUGAGAAGCUGCGCGGUACAGAGGAAGGCAUUGUCAACAGGCAAAUUUCAUCUCGUUGGUAUUCCUUUAUCCAUCUCAUCUGGUAUUUUAGUCGACUGUAUAGCGAAAAGGCCUACGUUCUUUCUCGCGGCUUCGUGCGCCGAGCUCUGGAGAUCCCUCUCGGCGGUUUGGAGAAGGAAAUCAGUUGGUUAUACUACACCAACCACCGACUAGAAAAGGUGGUUCGUGACUGUCGAGCUUUGGUAGAAAAAAGUCGGCAGGAGAUCGAUCUUACUGAAGGAGAACUGGACCUUGCCAUCCCGAGGUUGACUGCUGGGGGUAUCAUAGCUGUAGAGCGGACGUUGACGAAGCUCCAGGCUUUGCUGGACUCAUCACCUUCUUCGUUAACAUCGUAG